AACACGAGAGAGGGAGAGAGAGAGAAAGAGAGAGAGCGAUUUGGUGACUCUGGAUCGCUGAUUUCGGUUGGUAUCGCGUCUGCUUCUGUAUUCUGCGGUAGUUUCACUUUAAGGGCUCGCGCUCGCUGCGAAUCGCCAUUGUUGAGGCUCGCGCAGUGAUGAGCAGCGAUGCUUCCGCCGUCCAACUGACAUUUCUCCUGUUCUCAGCUGCGAGACAGACGGAGCCUCCUCUGGCUACCGAGCGGAGCGGGCUGCGGGAUUGUUUUAUAUUUUUAUUUUGUUUAGUUUUUUUGUUUUAUGUUAAUAUUUUAUUUAUUUUCUUUUUCCAAAACAACAACAACAACAACAACAACAACAUUUAUUUAUGUUCUUUUGUAUUAGACGUUUUGCUGAGACGACAUGAGAUAUCGUGAGUCGCCGGAGUGACACCUGGGUCAGCAGCAGCAGCAGCAGCACUGGGACUGUCUACACGACUGAGAAAAAAAAAGAAGAAGAAGAAGAAGAAAAAAUACCAAAACAUCAGUGUUUAUAAGAGUAUUUACAGAAAUUCUUAGCAAGGCCGUUCUGUUUGAGGGUUUUGGAGUUUGAAGGGGAUGUGUUCAAGGCAAGAGAGGAUUCAAAAAGACGUCGACAUCGUAAUACAGAGGUGCCAGGCGGAUAAAGACUGCCCUUUCUCGGAUUUUCGAUUCACUGACGCGACCUUCACGUUUACCUACUUGAAGGGAUCGAAAAGUGUGUCCUACUCUGUACACGUCUCUGAUGAUUAUCCAGACAACACAUACGUCUCAAACUCUGAGAACAACGAUGAUGUUUUAGUCACAAGAGAUCCCAUACCAGUUAUCUUUCAUAGAAUCGCAACAGAGAUACGGACAGCUAACGAUGACAGCUGUCUCUCCAUCAAGUCAAGGCUUCAGAUUGAUAAAAACCCGUGCCAUUACACUGUAGAAGAGGAUUCAGAGGGAGAUAAUGACUCUGAAGAGUUCUACUAUGGUGGUCAGGUGAAUUAUGAUGGGGAACUUCACAAACACCCACAGCUGGAGGCUGACCUAGUAGCCGUGAGGGAGUUAUAUGGCCAUCAUGCGGUAUCUCUCAGGGAAUAUGGUGCAAUUGAUGAUGUAGACAUUGAUCUACAUAUUGAUGUCAGUUUCCUCGAUGAGGAAAUUGCCCUUGCCUGGGAUGUGAUCAGGACCGAACCUUUUAUCAUACGUCUUCACUGCUCGCUCACGCAGUAUCUGAAUGGACCAGUUCCCACCGUUGACGUAUUUCAAGCGUCCACAAAAGACAGGUUUGGCCUGGGACAUCAACUGAAAAAGAUAAUGCAGACCUUUGUCACACAGCAGUGGAAGCAUCAUACUAAAGACAAGCUUAACUGCCCCCAUAGCAAAAAGCAGACAGAUAAGAAGGUGAAGUCUCCUCUGCACAUCUUCUCAACACUCCGCAGGUCCCCCAGCUAUCCCCCACCAGGCUGCACAAAGAACAAAAAGAAACUCAAGCACGAGCAGGAUGGUGUGUCUAAAUCGCAUCGGCUCUUGCGCCGUACCUGUUCGGGCGCAGUGAAGCCUGAGGUAGACGGCUGUGCCGGAAAGCCCCGCAAACUCCUGGGACCUUCGCUGUCAGAGCAGACGCCUGGCCUCAAACCACCUCAGCGGCUCCUGUCGAGGCCCGAAGAGAACGUGCUCUCGCGGCCUCACCGUCUCCUGCAACGCUCCGGCUUAGGUGAGCCUCGGUGUGAACGUAGCACAGGCGCCGACAGUAGCAGCAGUCUGAAACCUCACCGGCUCCUGCACCGAACGGACGAGCUAGACGGUCUCAAGCACCACCACCGGCUCCUCGGCAGGUCCUGCUCCAGCAGUGCCAAGAUGACCAAAGGUGAGCCGAUCAAGGAGCCGUCUGGAGAGAGUCGUCGCCUCUCGCUCACCUCAGGGCUCAUAGGCAUCCUGGCUCCUGCGCUCUCUCCGGCACCACCGCCAAACAACGGAGCCAAGUCUAUACCCGUCAGAGACCGCGGCUUUCUCGUCCAGACAAUGGAUUAUGCAGAGCAGAGGAUCCCAGUCCUGAAUGAGUUCUGUGUGGUCUGUGAUGAACCUCAUGUCUUUCAAAAUGGACCAAUGCUCAGGCCCACAGUGUGUGAGAGAGAGUUGUGUGUCUUCGCCUUCCAAACGCUAGGAGUCAUGAACGAGGCUGCUCAUGAAAUCGCCACGGGUGCCCAGGUUGUUGACUUGCUGGUCGCCAUGUGUCGCUUUGCACUGGAAUCACCGAGAAAAGUAGUCAUUUUUGAGCCAUAUCCGUCUGUGGUAGAUCCCAGUGAUCCUCAGUCCUUGGCCUUCAACCCAAGGAAAAAGGACUACGACCGGGUGAUGAAAGCUCUUGAUAGCCUCACGUCUAUCAGAGAAAUGACCCAGGCACCAUAUUUGGAGAUAAAGAAGCAGAUGGACAGAAUCGAUCCCCUGGCUCACCCACUCUUACAAUGGGUCAUAUCCAGUAACAGGUCUCACAUAGUGAAGCUACCAGUGACCAGACAACUAAAGUUUAUGCACACCCCACACCAAUUCCUGUUACUCAGCAGCCCACCGGCCAAAGAAUCCAACUUUAGAGCUGCCAAAGGCCACUUUGGGAGUACAUUUGCUUUCCAUGGCUCGCACAUAGAGAACUGGCACUCCAUUUUGAGGAAUGGUUUGGUUGUGGCUUCCAAGACGAAACUCCAGCUCCAUGGCGCCAUCUAUGGGAGUGGAAUUUAUCUCAGCCCACUGUCAAGCAUAUCCUUUGGUUACUCAGGGAUAAACAAAAAGCCGCAGAAAGUGGCGUCGAAAGACGAAACUGCAACAAACAAAACCAACAUUCAUCUGCCGUCCCAGAAAAGAGGUCAGCACCCACAGUUUCUGCAGAGUCGCAAUCUGAAAUGCAUAGCCUUAUGUGAAGUUAUUACUUCGCUGGACCUUCAGAAGCAUGGAGAUAUCUGGGUAGUCCCAAACACUGAUCAUGUCUGCACACGAUUUUUCUUUGUCUAUGAGAAUGGACAGGUGGGCGACACAAGCAUCAACACACAGGACCCCUCCAUCCAUCGAGAGAUCUUACGAGUCAUUGGCAACCAAACAGCCACAGGAUGAACGACUCCAAAAGCAAUACCGCUGCCCAAACCUGCCCUCCUGAACUCAGAGCUGGAUAUUUGAGCUUGGGAGGUUUUAUCAUAAGUAUUUUACUAAUCACAAAACACAAGAUAAGAAAAUAUUUCCAAACUACGAAAUCAAAUACUUGUGGAUUUACACUGGCUAAACUCACGCUGAACAUUUUGCCAGGAUUCUUAAUACGGUAAACAUUUUUAAAGGCUGUGGUACAUCUUUCAGUUUAGAUGACAGACUGCCUGUUUUUUUUUUCUUUUUCUUUUUUAAUUAACAAAAAAAAAGGUCGUUCUUUCUGAAACAUUUUGAGACUUCUGCCGGAUGUUAUUUGGCCUUUGUGGUAAUACACCAUUCUGCAUUGUUUACUAAGGAUUGGACUUUUAAAAGUACGACUUUGUGCUUACCGAACGUGUUGAUAUGCACUUUAUUUUUUUUUUCUUAACGUAAAGUUUUAGUUCCAACUUUAUUAUAUUCAAAUGCCUUUAAAGCCAAUGGAUUGCAUAUUGACUUCAGCGAAGGUGAGCAGAGCUGAGACGUUAGACAGCUUAAAGGUUGUCGUGUUUACAAAUCCCAUGUUCCUGAGCUAUAUGAGUUUUUACAUGCUACCUGGCAGUAGCUGCUGGUUUACAGUUUCCCAAAAAGAAGUCACAGUUAAUCCCUUCUGAUCCCACUCUGCUAUUUUUUCAACCCAAUAACUGUGACAUUAAGUUGCCAUUUUGGUAUUAUAGUUACAAAAAUUAUUAAAAAGUAUUUAAUACAUAUUUGAAUGACACUGAUGGGAAAACAAAAUGCAUGUGGCUUUCCUUACAUUUACAUUGUCGGUUUGUGUUCUUAGAUAUUUUAAUAGCUUUUUUAUAGAAGACAAACUGGCACCCAGUUACAAAUGUAUUUAAAUAUUUCGGUAUAUAUUUUUUUUGUGCAGUUGAUUUAAGGUGAAAUAAAAGCUUGCUGCAUAUUUAUGUUUUUGGGUCCAAUCCAAAUGAGAAAGUACUUCAUGGUUAUUCUAGUACUUCUUUACAAUUGAUUCAAUGAGUUUAAAUGAUGCUGGUGCUUUCUGAAGACUGAUCAUCUUUAAAAAAAUAAAAAAUAAAUAAACAAAAAAUAUUCACUGAUCAUUUAUUAAAUUAAUUCCAGUCAAAGGAGAGUGCUAAAAACAGGUAUUAUUCUGUAAUUAUAACAAAAAUUAAAUGACAAACAUGAUUUUUAGAUCUGGACUGAUGUUAACUAUAAAUGUACAAUGAAACUGAAUUAGCAUGAAAUUUGUAAGAGACUUCAGAUGGAUUUUGUUUAUACAAAUAAUUUGACCUUUCUUGCAUAAUUUUUUAACUAUAUGCAGCACUGUGCAAAAGUCUUGAGCCACCCUUUAUUUCAUCAUACAGUGGAACCUUGGAUUAUGAACAUAAUUCGUUCCAGUAUUUCAAAACACUCGUAAACCAGAACAAAAUGAAUUUCCCCAUAAGGGAUAAUGGAAACUCAAAUUAUUCGUUCCACAGCCCAAAAAAAAUAAAUACAUAAAAAUAAUUAAUACAAAAUAUAAAGUAAAAAUAAAACAAAUUAACCUGCACUUUAAAAAUAAAUCCUGACAGAUAAUUGUUUUCGUUUAUGCGCGCAGGCGCUGUGUGUGUGUGUGUGAAGCUAAAGUGAGAGGAGAGGAGGAAUCAGCCCCUCCCCUCUUUUCAUCUUAAAAUGCAAAAAAGUAAUUAACCUGCACUUUACCUUUGAAAAGAAUCGCGACAGAGCAGUGUUUCUGUGUAAAGCAGAGUGUGUGUGUGUGUGUAUGUGUGUGAGAAUGGGCGAGGGGGGAGGGGGUGAAGGUGAGAGGAGGAGGGUGUGUGUGUAUGUGAGACCCAGGGAAAGAGAAAAUAGAUCUUUAACCUCUAAUAAGACUUUCUUUUGUUUUGUACCCUCGCACACACGUGUUAUAAUAAACAGUACAAAAGCACUGUACAUACACGCAUACAGACACAAAAUGUUUUAUGCACACACACGUGGUCACAGUAUUAUAGUUAACAGUACACGCAUGCACGGAUGUUCAUUAAACCAGUAAGAGAUGCGUACAAAGACCCAGCUGGGGACAUGAUUACCCACAAUUCCGCA